CGCUUUCAGAAAAAGCCAGCUACCUGACAAAAUAGUGGGUUCUUGGGUUCUUUGUACCCUCGAAGGACCCCUCAGACAAGAAUCACUGCCCAAGAUGACGAAUUUUUCCCUGGAUCCACUGAACCUGAGCUCCGCUGACCCAUCAAAUGUAUCUGCUCCCUUCUGCCUGCUGGAGAUAGGCUAUUCCCAGAUUUUCACCACCUGCCUCCUUGAAGUCUCGAUCAUACUUCUCCUCACUAUUCUCAUUAUCUCUGGCAAUCUGGUGGUGAUUUUUGUGUUUCACUGUGCCCCCUUGCUUAGCCAGCACACCACCAGUGCUUUCAUCCAGACUAUGGCGUAUGCUGAUCUGCUGGUGGGGGUCAGCUGCCUGUUCCCCUCCCUGUCCCUCCUCCAUCACCUACAGGGCCUCGACCCCAAACUCACCUGCCAGGUGUUCGGGUACAUGGUGUCUGUUUUGAAGUCCGUUUCGAUGGUGUCGUUGGCGUGUGUUAGUGUAGACCGCUACAUCGCCAUCACGCGACCUCUGUCUUACGCGUCCCUAGUAACACCUUGUCGAGUGCGCUGCUGCAUCAUUCUGAUAUGGCUAUAUUCUGCUCUGGUGUUUCUCCCAUCAUUUCUUGGGUGGGGUAAACCUGGUUACCAUGGCGAUGUGGUGGAAUGGUGUGCACUUCAGUGGAGGACUAGUCCGGCUUUUACAACCUUUAUCGUUGCACUGCUCUAUGCCCCAGCAGCUCUCACUGUCUGCUUUACCUAUGCCAAUAUCUUCAAGAUCUGCCGACAGCACACCCGGGAGAUCAGCGAGCGCCACGCACGUUACCGACCCCAACAGCUGCAGGGCCCAGGAUUGACUGUGGGAUCUGUGGUCAAGGACAACAACGCAGCAGAACAUGGGCAGUUCCCCCACUUGUCCCAACCACAGAAACUCCAACACCACCAACCACAGUAUCAGCAGCCCACAUCAACAUAUCCAGACAAGCGAUACGCUAUGGUACUGUUCCGCAUUACAAGCGUUUUUUAUAUCCUCUGGUUGCCCUACAUUCUUUACUUUCUGUUGGAGAGUGCAGGGAUCUACCACCACCCUGCAGCAUCGUUCCUCACCACAUGGCUGGCCAUCAGCAACAGCUUCUGUAACUGUCUCAUCUACAGCCUCUCCAACUCUGCCUUCAGGAAAGGCCUCAAACGCCUCUGCUCCUUCUGUGUACAGCGCAGUGGCGGUGGCUUUGGGGUUAGCAACACCAAAAAGACUUUCGUCGGCUCUGUUGAAAAAGGAUGUGCGGGGCCAGGGUAUGGAUACGGCCAUGGCGAAAUCAGAAUUGGCACAACAUGUCAUGUGUAGUGCACACACAGACUAAACCCUUUUGCCAAAUUGGCAGUUGAACUUAUUGAAAAGAUGCCUGAUGUGUCGUUGAAUGACUCAUCUGCUAAGCUGAAAUAUGCAGAUAAGAGACGGAAGGAGGUGUCAAUCUGCCACUGCUGCUUCUGUGGCAUUGGGAGGCUACACAGGCAUCCUCUCUGCCCAUGCCACAGUUGGCAAACGCAGACAAAGGGAGUCAAGAGCAGAGCACUGACGUACAGAAAGACCCAAAUAGUGUUUGAAAAUGGUCACAGCAUGCUCUGUAUACGGACAGGGUUGAUCGAUGGAUAGGAUAAGAAAAAGGUGUCUGUAAAGGUCUGGAGGGGUGAAUUUUUUGGUGGUCAAACAACAUUUUUAUUGGUUUUUAUUUAUGGAAAGUGAAUUCUUAACUUAUUUUGCCAAAACUGUUCCAAAAGGCUGUCUGUGCUGUAACAUGCCCUUAUCCCCUUAGUGUCUUCAUACUAACUGUUGAAAAGCAGCCAUUUUAUUGUUUGGUUAUAUUGAUUUAACUGAUUCUUGUUUCUCUGCUUCAACAUUUCAGAUUCUUUGUGGACUUUUAGAUUAUUUAUUAAUGUUGUGAUACAAGAUAAACUUUAUGACUUUAACCAAGUUGUGGGUUCACACACUGAGCCAGCUGUUAUUGUAACAUAUGACGAGAGAUGCUGACCAGCUUUGGUGUACGACUGUUAACCUGACAAAAAUCUAAUUUUCUAUUCUCAUUAAUUUCCUUGUUAGUUUCAUUGCACCUUUGUUGUUUGGAUUAUGUUACUCAACCUUUUUCAUAACUGUGUCCAAGGCAAAGAAAGGAUAUAGUUUUACACCUAUGAUUUUUGGUACAUUAUCACUUUAAUUUUCUGGAAACAUGUAGAUGGAUGACCUUAAGAACUUUAGAACUGAACAGACAAAUAGCCCAUUCACUCUGCCAGCAGGCUAACCUGUGCAGCACCAUGAAGAGGGACUGACCCUUCGAUCCUAAGGAAUUGCAGUUCCAUGUGUGUAUGUUUGUGUCUGUGUGCAUGCAUGCGUCUGUUUCCAUCAUCUUGUUCUCAUGUGUAGUUUUGUCAUCACUUUGUACUCUAACUUAUUUCAAACAAACUUAUCUUAAACCGAAAAGACUCCGUGUGUACAUACAUAUAUGGUGUCAUAAACUCAAUGGUUGUGAAAAAAAGUAUCUCUUUUUUGAACCAUAAAGACUUUCACAGUUUAUUUAGGUGCAGAUAUUCUGUACGUUAUUUAAUCGAACCAAAGAAAGUUCAACAGUUACUGGUUUUUUUUCUAAAUAUGUGAUAUAUCAUAUGAAUUUAGGCGAAUGCAAAUGGAUUUAAACAAUGUUUGUGUAGGUCCACUGCACUGUGUUGGCUCAGUGAUGCCUUGUGUGCAUGACUUUGACUGUUUCUCAGUGUACAGCGACAUAUUGUUGCCUUGAUGCACUAAUGAAAAUGAACUGUUGGGGAGGUAUUUUCCUCCAACAGCGAGGGAGGGCUUGAUUUAUGGGUGUGACUGUUUUUUGAGGGGAUGACACUGACUGAAUCAUUCAUGUUCAUUAGUCAGCCUCUGUCGCUUAAUCCCACUUUCAAGUCAUUUUAAAAAUGUGACUGUUAAUCCAGCUACUCUUCAAAAGAUAAUUUGUAAUCAAUAUUUUUGUCUUCCGUGAAACUGAAAAUAAUCAGGAGCAAACAAAUGAC